CAAGGCAUCUGGGGAAGAAACGUUCACGGAGCCUUCCCAGCACCCCCAGGCCACCCAGUGCCCACAGGAUUGAGGCUGAAAUUAUCCUUGAUCGCAUCAACAGUGAUGACCUUGCCUUUCCGGCGAACCGAUCAGUCCUUCUCCGUACGACAGAAUUUUCAUCUUCCCAUGGAGUAGCCCGCGCGCGACAUUUAGUGGAGAAGUCAGAUGUGAAGGUGGGACAAAAGAUUCCUCAAUUCUCCGACAGGGAAAAAUUCCAGCGGACAGCGCUGCAAAAUUGUGCUGAGGCCAGAUCUGGGCCACGACAACUGUUGUUCACGCCAUUCAGUCCAACGCCGACGCCAACCGAUCCCGAUAAUAUACUGAGCAAAAACUGGCCGGAGCGGAAGUGGUCAGAUUCCCCCCUCCUGGAAGUUUUCGACGAGGAUCUGUUGUGACGUACUCCAUACAUCUGCCCUCCGACUUGCUGGUCUCGACUUUGCGGGUAACCACUUCACUCCUCCGAGAACUACACAUUUGGACAUCCAGAUCCUGCUAGCCUGGAAAAGACAAUAGCGACCGUUCGCUUAUCAGACAUUACAGCAUUACAGCAUUCCAACGGCUCGCUGGAUCUGGCACUUCCUACGGUUCUGUUUGCUCGUAAUGGGCCAAAACGUGAGGCCACCCUGAUUACCCGAUCUUUUUGAGACUCCGCAAUCCGAAAGCCUGGAGGUUAAGGCUCGGCCGGACCUAGCAUUAGUGCAUCGCUUCCUGGUGUUUGCCCAGCAUUUUCGAAAGGCACGACCCAAUAUCACAUUCCGGGCUCACCUCUUGUUAGACUAUUCUAGCCAUGUCGAUUUCCCCACCAAGCAGUGAUCGUGUACGCAUUCAUCACUGCAGAAACCUUGCUGUUCUCAUAUGAGUGGAAGCGCAAAUGCUAACUUUACGGUAGUCAGAUGUCACGCAGAUUGUGGUUGUUAUGGUCGGCUUGCCGGCGCGGGGGAAGAGUCUGAUAGCCGGCAAAGUCAAGAGAUAUCUACGAUGGACGUCUGUGAAGGCAGAAGUCUUCAAUGUCGGCAAAUAUCGGCGGACGGACAACCCCCAUCCCGACGCCAAAUUCUUCGAUGUCAACAAUCCCGAAGGCGAGAAGGCUCGAAGAGCUGCGGCUGAGGCUGCCGUUGCCGACAUGCUCAAAUGGUUUCAGGACAAGGAGAACAAAGUGGCCAUCCUAGACGCCACCAAUUCGACGAAAUCGAGGCGGAAAUGGAUUCACGAUAAGAUCGUAGAGGCGAAGCUUCUCCACUUGUUCGUGGAGAGCAAAUGUGACGAUGAGGAACUGAUCAUGUCGAAUAUCCUCGAAGUCAAGACAUCUUCACCGGACUAUAUCGGGCAAGAUCCAGAAGCAGCAGCCAGAGACUUCCGAGAUCGAAUUCGAAAUUAUGAGAAGGUCUAUCAAACCAUCGAUGAAUCAGAAAAAGGCUUGACCUAUGUCAAGAUCAUCAAUAUUGGUGCCCGCGUGGUCAUCAACCUCAUUCAAGACUAUCUGCAAUCACGGCUUGUCUAUUAUCUCACAAAUCUGCAUAUUAAGCCGCGUAGCAUCUGGCUGUCACGGCACGGCGAAUCCGAAUACAACCUAGAAGGCAAAAUAGGCGGCGAUGCCAUCCUCUCCGAACGCGGCCAGCGAUACGCCAAACUCCUCCCUGAGCUAGUCAAGCGCUCCGGCCUACCAAAAGACGCGCCUUUGACGAUCUGGACGUCGACGUUGCGACGUACCAGCCAGACCGCCCAACAUCUCCAAAAGGAGCUUGGCUGGGAAAAGCUACAGUGGAAAGCACUCGAUGAGCUGGAUAGUGGCGUUUGUGACGGCAUGACUUAUCAAGAGAUCGCGGAAAAGUUUCCCGAAGACUUCCAAGCCCGCGACGACGACAAGUAUAAUUACCGCUACCGUGGCGGCGAAUCGUAUCGAGAUGUGGUCAUCCGCCUCGAACCUAUCAUUAUGGAACUUGAGAGGAGUGAGAACAUCAUCAUCAUUACACAUCAGGCGAUCGUGCGGUGUAUAUUCUCGUAUUUCAUGGAAAUCCCACAGGAGAAGUCGCCUUGGAUGGAAGUGCCGCUGCACACGUUGAUGAAGUUGACGCCGAAGGCCUACGGGACAGAAGUCGAGCGCUUUAAGGCGGACAUUCCCGCCGUGAGCACAUGGAGGCCUAAGGGGAGCACGGCGAAACAUCACGAUAGUAUCAGCGAGGGUAUGCCGGAGGACGUGGUGGGGGAACCUCAUAAUGUGGCGGUCGAAAGGGCGAGUAAUGUUAACGCGAAGGAGAAGGGAAAGGUCCCCUCGGUUGUGAUGACGGGGUUGCCUUUACCUUAGGAGCGGAGUGAGAUGUGAGCCAGGGGAGGAAUAUAUGGUGCUUUAGUCAAAUUUGGGACGGGACCAGGCUUCAUCGUUGGGGGAGGAAAGGGGUGGAAAGGGAGGCCACAGCGGAUACAAGUGCUUGGGGCUUGCUGGGCACGGAACAGCGACGAAAUUAAAAUAUUUUCUACUCUGGGUUCUUGUGAAAUCCGUAGAGACGGCAAGUUUCCAGACUCGCAGAAUGCGCGUAUACUACCUGGAGAUGGAUCAAUCAAUUGUAUGCC